GUGCGUGCGUGCGUGCGUGCGUGGUUUAAAGCACGUGUAGAAAGCAGAAUCUGAAUCAAGGGGACUACAGUCUCCUUGAGCUGAAUAGUCAUGCAGUCACCAGCCAGACCAGCGGCGAGGCGGACGAGCUUGUGAUAACGGAGCCAAGGAAGGCUGCUGCUUCCAAUCGCAGAAAAAACCCCCCCGCUUAAUUAAGGAUGGCUUUGGAGUUGUUGCUGUUGCUGGCACUGGCGCUGUGGCUGUAUUUCAGGGUGCACUACCAAUACUGGACUUCUAAAGGCGUGAUCACCCCGCCGAUCACGCCUCUCCUCGGCCACUUCCAUAAAGUGUUCUUCGUUAACAGAGAAGCAUGGGUGUUCUACAGUGAGAUUUACAACAAAUAUCGGUCCUCCUCGAUGUGUGGCAUCUACGAGGUUUUAAAGCCCGUCCUGGUAGUGUGGGAUCCUGAGAUAAUAAGGCAUGUCUUCGUCAAGGAUUUUGAUCACUUCACUGAUAGAAGGCCAUUCGAUAUGAACACUGGCAAUAAAAGGGACAAAAUAGCAAUGGAGAUGCUGUCGCUGAAGCAGGGUGCGGAGUGGAAGAGUCUGCGGGCCAUCAUGACGCCCACCUUUACCUCAGGCAAGAUCAAGAGCAUGUUUCCUCUGGUGUGUGACAAGGCCGAUGCUCUGGUGAAGUACUCGAUGAGACAAGCGUCUGAAAACCCACAUGUGGACAUGAAGAGAAACUUUGGCCGAUACACUAUGGACACAAUUGCUUCCUGUGCCUUUGGCAUUGAGUGCAACUCCCUGGUGAAUGAAAAUGAUGAAUUUCCUCGCAAGGCAGAGAUUUUCUUCAGCUCCUCGUUCACAGGAUUAAUAAAGGUUGCACUUCUUAUAUCAAUGCCGGCAGUUUUCAAACAAUUGGCGAAAUGGUUUCCCUUAUCUGUAAAUCCACCGGAAACCGACUUCUUCAUUAACGUCAUAGAGAAAACUGUGGCGGCCAGAAGGGCAGGGGAGAAGCGCGGCGACUUCCUAGACCUGCUGCUGGAGGCGCGGGAGAGCUCCGACAACCCCGACAGUAAAAAUUUGUUGAACGACCUAAGCUUGAUAGCGCAAAGCGUGCUGUUCAUUGUCGCCGGAUACGACACCACCGCAUCCUUGCUGGCCUUCUCCUCCUUCCUGCUGGCUAAGAACAAGGACCAGCAGGAGCGCCUGCGAGAAGAGAUGCGGCAGAUGGUGGAGGAGCACGGCGACAUCACGUACCAAGGCAUCAUGGAGGCCAAGCUGCUGGACGCCUGUCUCCAAGAGUCCCUCCGACUUUAUCCCCCGGCAUUCCACCUGGAACGCUGCUGCACCAAACGCUAUACAUUACCUGGUACUCAACUAGAGCUACGGCCCGGAGACCUGAUCCAGGUACCAGUAUGGAGCCUCCACCGCGACCCUCGAUAUUGGCCAAACCCUGAGGCGUUCAUCCCGGACCGCUUCCUGCCGGAGAAUAAAAAAGAUAUCCAUCCAUACACACACAUGCCCUUUGGGACUGGGCCAAGGAACUGUAUUGCGAUGCGGUUUGGUCUUAUGGAAGCCAAAGUAGCUCUGGCCAAGCUGCUGCUGGAGGCUGAACUGGAGCCAGCACCGGGCUACGAGGAAUUGGCGGCACAGACUACCCGUGGAGUGAUGCGUCCAAAGGCGGGUGUGUUGCUUAAAUUAAAACCAAUUAAAGAGUGAAAUGAAUUUUGGGGGGGAUUCUGGAGCUGCCCUGUGUAGGCCACUCGGCCUCUUGCAGUUUCCCUAUGUUCUUAUGUUCUUAUGUUCUUAUGAAACUCUGCCCUAGACGACAUGGAACACUUUAGGAUCUCUUCUAUUUAUGGCAGACUUUUCCUCAACACAGUGGUCCGUCUGACCACUGCCUUACCUGUACACUUUUAAAACUUUAUAUUUAAUGUAAGUAUACGUGUUUUGUCAUGGUCCUUCAGUAACCUUCUUAUGCACAGCUCAUAAAAGAAUGACAUAAGAAUUACUUGAUUAAGAUAAAUGACUCGAAAGCCACAGUAAACAUUCCUCUUGGCUCUGACAUUACACACCGCUUCGGUUACAGAGAGACAGUCAACGCUGUAAUGACCCUUUACUAGCAUGAACCUUCGGCAACCUCCUUGCCUAGUGCAGACAAGAACGCUGACUCCUUAGGUUCAGUAGUAAAAUAGGCAAACAUAUACGACUGAACUUGAUAUCAGAUAAAAAAUAAAGACUGAGGAACAUGAUGAUUGCUUGACGAUUUAUUUGAUGUUUAGGGCAGACCAACUUUGAGAGCUACUAGAUCUAUGUUGUCCAUAUUUCUAUGAAAUUUUUAUGUAAUAUUUCCCAUUCUCGCGUAUAUAUUAAUGGGAACAGUUCCAUACCUCGAAAAAAGAUGCCAGAUUAUCUGGAAAGUAUAAUAUGGUACAGAAAACUGGGUCUACAAUAAAAAAAUGUUUUGCUUAUCCCAGUGUAAUUCAAAACAAAGUUAUGAAUAUUGAGAAUAUUUUUUUUCAAUAAUCUUUGACACAGAUGCAGUAUUAUGAUAAAUGAAAUUAUGAGCCUUUGGUUGGACCGCUGUACUUAUUUACGACCUGGGGGAAAAAAAUGUUCGUUGUUUUUUGGUCUACAAAAAAACUUCUGUACUAUCAAUUUUAGGCCCUUUAUACACUAAAGCAAUUAAUAAAUCACGAACACAGAC